UUAAGCCAUCCUUUUCAACCUUCUUUUUCUGUACCUAGGUGUAUAGCGGUAAGUAUUGAUGGUGUGUAUUGCCGAUGAUAUUGGUGAGAGAUAACCUAUGUGGGUACUAGUCAGGUAAUAUCCAUGGAGUCGAUGAAUACUACCACCUGCCUUGAAAAAAAAGAAAAAAAGAAAGGAUCCAUAUUAUUACUACACGUCGUAUCGGGUUGGACCCGAAUCUGCUGAGAGAACAAGGCAGCUAAUACUAGGUUGGUACGUGUGUAGUACCCGGUUGUUGGUUGCAACGGCCGUCAUGCGGUCUGAAAAAGAAAGAAAGCCGUGAUCGGCUCCGACGAUAUCGCCACGACUCGCACCCAAAAACCGCAUAUCGCUUAAUCACAAUGAGACAGGGUCCAUGAAAGCGAGGUCGGCUAACUCUGUAGGUAUGAAUACAAAGUUCACCCCCGGGGCGAAAAAAAUUCCAAAAUGGAAAAUAAAAUGGGAGACAACCUAAAUUAAGAGAAGAAGAAUAAGUAGGAAAAGGUAGGAAAGAAAGUUGAGAGCCUACAGACUUUCCUCAAAACCGAUCGUGGUUUUUAUUCUAUCUAGUAAGGUUGUUUCACGACAUGUCGGAAACCUCAUCACAGAACAGCAGUGAUAGGAGGAAUAGCCAAACCCCUACUACCGCUUCGGCGAAGGAAAGGGAGAGCUCAGAAGAAGAUGGCGAUGGUGCUGCUGGUGAUAGUAUGAAAUCGCCGGACAAGGAAGGGGAUGUCGGGGACUUCGCUGAGCCUCCGAGCGAAGCUCCCGUGGUUGAACCGCGACCCAACUACUCCGUCUUCACGGAUUGGGAGAAAAGGGGUAUCGUGCUUGGCGCUGCUAUCGGCGCCUUCUUCUCGCCCCUCACAGCUCAGAUCUACCUACCGGCGCUAAAUGUCCUAUCAAAUGAGUUUCACGUCACCGUCAGCCAGAUAAAUUUGACUGUCACCACAUAUAUGAUUUUCCAGGGGCUUACUCCAAUGUUCGUCGGCUCUUUUGCCGAUAGCACGGGCCGCCGUCCGGCAUAUUUUAUUUGCUUCACCAUCUACAUUGUGGCCAAUGUCGGGUGCGCUCUAGCUCCUAGCUACCCAGCUUUGCUGGUCCUCCGCAUGCUACAGUCCGCCGGCUCUAGCACGACCGUGGCACUCUGCCAGGCGGUUGUUGCCGACGUCGUCACUUCGGCUGAAAGGGGCCACUACGUCGGAUAUACGUCUUUGCCCAUUCUACUUGCACCCGCCAUCGGCCCCGUGAUAGGCGGUGUGCUGUCGCAGACCGUCGGCUGGCGGUUCAUAUUUUGGAUCCUAGCGAUCUUGGCAGGGGUCGUGUUUGUCAUCCAUGCCUUCUUCCUGCCGGAAACUUGCCGCGAGAUCGUGGGGGACGGGUCAAUCCGGCCGCACCCCGCCUACCGCACCUUCUGGCAACUUAUUAAGGACUUUCGACAGCGGCGACUGCGUCGCCAUGCGCAAUCGGACGGUGCUUCCAUCACGCACACGGAGUCGCGCACGUCCACGAGACGAAGCCUGCACAUGAAGAAGUUCAACGUGCUGGCCUCCCUCAUCAUCCUCUUCGAGAAGGAGAUGUUCCUGCUACUCAUGUACAGCAGCUUCGUGUUCACGGGGUUCUACUGCAUCUCGACGGUGAUGCCGACACAGCUGUCGGCCAUCUACGGGCUCGACGAGAUUGAGAUCGGGCUCAUGUACCUCCCAAUGGUGGGCGGCAGUCUUCUCGCGGCGUUCGUCAACGGCGGACUGAUGAACCGCAACUACCGUCGGCACUGCAGGCUCCGUGGAGUGCCCUACGACAAGUCCAAACAACAGGACCUCGCGGACUUCCCCAUUGAGCGCGCGAGGCUCGAGAUUGGGUACCCGAUGCUCGUGCUGUGUGUGGUGAUCACGCUGGCCUGGGGCUGGGCGUUCGAGUACCGCGCCCACAUAGCUGUGCCAUGCGUUCUGCUGUUCUUGUUCGGCUGGGGCGCCGUCGGCUUCAGCAACACGAUCAACGUCCUCCUCGUCGAUGUGAACCCAGGCAGUGCGGGCGCCGCCACCGCGAGCAACAACCUGACUAGAUGUUUGGUUGGCGCAGCGGCGACGGCGGUAAUAGGACCCAUGAUCAACGGGGUGGGAAUCGGAUGGUCGUUCACCAUACUAGGGGUCUUAUAUGUGGUGUUCUCACCUAUGCUAUACCUAGUCCUGAAGAAUGGGGUCCGUUGGCGUAAGGAGAAAUUAGAGCGGAAGCUGGCGGAAGAGGAGAGGAAGAAUGGUAUGGAUAUAUCCUCCUUUAGCGACUGAGUAAAUAGAAUAUAACAUUGAAUAGAAUAGAUUUAUACCUACACGCAUUGAAUUCUAUUGGACAAACACAAACA